AUGCAGUCCAACUCUGUAGACCCCUUCUGGGGCCCUGCAACAUCGUAUCUCAACUUUUGUGAAGAGGUAAAUCACCCUCUUGUUGUUCUAUGCAGCCUCAUUUGGAGCUCACAAGAUCAUUUUGCUUACAUUGAGAUUGAUAUAAAGGAUUAUGCUAUAACUCGUUACAUUGCCGAGUUCAUCAACACGCUCAGCAGCUUUGUUUUCGGUAUGUCGACUCCGAGAUAUGCCGAUUUGGCGAAUUUGUAUGAUGUUCUGACCGCCAUGCUCUCUCUAGUUCUUUUUGGUGUCUAUGGGCUGCGACAACUCCGAGAAAAAAAUGCCGCCAGCUAUCGAUCGCUUUUGUACUUUGGGCUGAUCGGUGUCGGUGUCUGCUCAGCUGGGUACCACAUGACACUGAAAUACCACACCCAGAUGUCGGAUGAGCUUUCAAUGCAUUUGCUGACCACGCCGCUGCUGUACCGGAUUCUCACCUUUCAAGCGAGUUCUAAGAAAACCAGAAUUGUCGGCAUCGUGCUGUCUUUGCUAUUUGUCACCGUGAUGUUCUUCCACAUGGUCUUGAACGAAUUUCUGCUCCACGCGGUCACCUUCGGCACCGCUGUGCUGACAAUCGCCGUGCGCACAUCCAAAAUCACCGCACAGCAAGUGACUGAUCCAUAUAUGAAGAAGAAGCUCAGAAACAUUUCAUACUUUGGAAUCUUCUGCUUCGCAUUUGGAUUCUUUGUGUGGCUUAUUGAUGGCUUGGCUUGUGGCCUUUUGAAAGACACUCGACAUGCCAUUGGUCUGCCUUUGGCCUUUUUGACUGAGCUUCAUGGCUGGUGGCACAUCUUGACCGCUAUCGGCGGCUACGUCGCUGUUGCGCUCGUGGACCUCGUGACUGCCAACGAGCUCAACAAGGGAGAUCCCAUCGAAGAGCUCGCAUGGCCAAUUCCUACAGCAGCAAGAUAUAUUCAAGAGUGGGUGGGCCCUAAAAAAGAGAAAUAG